UGGCGCUUCAGCAACAACAUCAUAUUCUGCUCCAGUGUCUUCCACUGGUGCUGCUGGGUACCUCUCUGCAUGCACACACUGUAAGAGUCCAGCCUCGUCAGCUGUUUGUGGAGCUUGGUUCUGCCUUCAAUCUCAGCUGUUCCACAGAUUGCCCUGGAGGACAUGCCUCCUGGGUAACUCAGGAUGACAGUGAUUUUACUACAACUGAAGACAGACAAGAAGUUGUCCUCUCUGUUUUAUCUACACAUGAAUAUCAUGCUGGAGAUUAUGUUUGUAUAUCACAAUGCAAACAGCAACACAAGAAGGCUUCUGCCAGACUAAACAUCUUUUCCUUUCCUGACCCUGUGUUGUCCAUGGCUCCUCUGAAUCCUGUAUCUGGACAGUCUGUGCAGGUUAAUUGCACAGUUAGUGUUUACUGCAGUGAUAACUACGAAGUGGACAUCAAGCUGUUUGGAGAGGAUGAAUUGAGUGGGCCAAUGUAUAAGUUUUGCGAUGAAUCCAAUAUUUGCAACCACAUGCUGUCUGCUACAGAUCGAAGAGGAGGAGAGAGAGUUCACUACACCUGUUCAGCAGAGUUCACAGUUUCCAUGUGUACUAUUAGAAAAACUGCAAAUAUGACAAUACAGUUUCAAGACAUUAGAGUUGUGGACUCUACGCAGUAUACCACCCCAACUAUGGCCUCUUUGACCAGCAGUGCUGCAAUAUCAGUGGAGUCAAUAACUGAAACAUCCCCCGGGAAGAAUGCUAUUGGUACAGAGCCGAACCAUCCUGAUACAACUCCAGAUUCAGUCUCUUCAGGACAGACCACUUCAUCUGAAUCAAUGACCAGGUCACCCCGAGGGGAAGACAUUAGAGCUGUGGACUCUACGCAGUAUAACACCCCAACUAUGGCCACUUUGACCAGCAGUGCUGCAAUAUCAGUGGAGUCAAUAACUGAAACAUCCCCAGGGGAGAGUGCUAUUGGUACAGAGCCGAACCAUCCUGAUACAACUCCAGAUUCAGUCUCUUCAGGACAGACCACUUCAUCUGAUUCAAUGACUAGGUCACCCCGAGGGGAAGGUUCAACUUCACUGAAUCAUGACUACAGAGAGGACCCCAAUGCUAUGAAAGCAGUGGAGCCUGUCUCCAGACUCACCACUUCAAUAAUAGGUACCACUGGUGCACUUUUGUUUUCUGCUAUGGGAAUAGUGAUUUACGCAUACAAGUAUGGAAGGAAACUACCUUGUCUUGGAAGUUCUCAAAGAAAAGAAAACGCUGAUGAAUUAAAGGAAGUGUCAUGAAAUUCAAUAGGUUAUAUGUAGCAUUUGAUAACACAAAAGAAACAGAAACAUUCAAUGUGGUCUUAUUCAUGCAAUAAUUAUUCAUUCUCUAUUUGCUAAAAUGAAUAAAAUAUGUUGUAUAUUUGA